AUAUAUAAACAGGACACUCUGCUUGUGUCUCACAACAAGCAUCUUCGACCAACCAAAAGCCACAAGAAGACCUUUCUCUAGUCUCUCUCUAUACACUCUCUCAACAAUUAAACCGGACCAAGCUUUUUGUUCAUCUCUGAAUAAAUGGCCAAAGUUCAUCCCCUCCUUCUCACAUCCCUUGAUUCUUCUUCUUCUACUACUUCUUCAAGUUCUUCUUCUUCUUCUUGUACAACUUCAAAGAAAGAAACAUUCACUAUUUGGAUGAAGUCACUUUUGAUGCAAGGAAAUGGAUGUACUGUCUACAAUGAGAAUGGAGAUAUCGUCUAUCGUAUUGAUAACUAUGACCAAAAGAACAGCAAUGAAGUCUAUCUGAUGGAUCUGAGAGGAAAAGUUCUUUUCACUAUACUUAGAAAGAAAUUGUCAGUGAUCCAAAAAUGGGAGGGAUAUGAGAGCAAUGGAUCAAAAUCAAAUGGUGAUAAGCCAUUGUUUCAAGUGAGAAAAGGUUGCAAGGUUUUUGGGAAAGAUCUGUCAUGUAAAAUUGCUGUUAAGUCUGAUAAUGGUCAAGCAGUUUACUACAGACUAGAAGGCUUGGCUGGUAAAUCAGCACUCAGAAUUAUAGACAGUGAAGGAAAACUUGUUGCAGAGGCAAAGAGAAAGCAAUUGUCUUCAGGAGUAGUAUUGGGAGAUGAUGUUUUGACUAUGGUGAUGGAGACUCAGAUGGAUCAUUCUCUUAUCAUGGCUCUUGUGACUGUUUAUGGAUUAAUAAGGAGAAAAAUCUAAAAUCUUCUUAAACUUCUAGAAAGUAAUCUUGGUAGCCAUAAACACACAAACUUUCUUGCACCCAAAAAAAAAAAAAAAAAAAAAUUGUGCAAAAUUUUGUGACUAACCCUUAGUGCAGAGUGAAUUAGAUCGAGGAUUAUUAUUUUUAUUUUUGUUUUUGUUUUUGUUUUUUUGUGUGAGACUUUUAACAUGAUUUUGAGGCAUAUUAUGUAAAUAGAUGAUGCAGAGUGGUUGUUCAAUCUUUGUACAAUUUGUGUUCCGGAAUCAUAUAAUACACACUGAAUCAAAGUUACUUUUUCCCAA